CCCAUUUAAUAAAAAACCUAAAAUGCAAGGGGCCGCUACAUAGCUUUGGUCAAAACACGACAAAGAGUUUGGGACGCGAGAAAUCUAAGCGAAACACAGUUUCAAAGAAGAAAGCCACCAUGCCUACCGUGAGUGUAGGGCGGGAUCGCCUGUUUGCGGCUAUAGGAAAAACUUACACACAAGAGGAAUUCGAAGACCUAUGCUUCAGUUUUGGCAUUGAGCUUGACGACGUUACUACAGAAAAGGCAAUUGUGAGAAAAGAGAAGCAUUUAGAAGAAGAGGCCGAUGAGGAUGAAGAAGUUAUCUACAAAAUCGAAAUUCCUGCAAACAGAUAUGACCUACUCUGCCUUGAAGGACUGGCUCAAGCCCUACGAGUUUUCUGUGGGUUCCAGGAAAUCCCCACUUACAAAUUGGCUGAUAUUAGUAAGGAUGCAAUGCUUAAAAUGCAUGUGAAGCCUGAGACAUCUCUGAUACGUCCCUUUGUUGUAUGUGCUGUAUUAAGAGGUUUAACUUUUGAUAAAGCGAGAUACAACAGCUUUAUUGAUCUCCAAGACAAGCUUCACCAGAAUAUUUGUCGGCGAAGAACCCUUGUCGCCAUUGGCACUCAUGAUCUGGAUAAACUGGAGGGUCCUUUUACCUAUGAGGCUUUGCCACCUACAAGUAUCAACUUUACGCCUCUAAAGCAGGAAAGGAGCUUCAGGGCUGAUGAUCUGAUGGAGUUCUACAAAUCAGAUUUGAAACUGAAGAAAUUCUUACAUAUAAUUGAGGACUCUCCCGUUUAUCCUGUUUUAUAUGACAGUAAGAGAACUGUUUUAUCUUUACCCCCAAUUAUCAAUGGUGCACAUUCAGCCAUCACUCUGGAGACAAAGAACGUAUUUAUUGAAUGCACUGCCACUGAUCUAACAAAGGCGAAAAUUGUUUUAAAUACAAUGGUAACAGCCUUCUCGGAAUAUUGUGAAAAUAAGUUUGUCAUUGAACCGGUUGAAGUGAUUUCUUCUGAUGGAAAAUCUCACAUAUAUCCUGAUUUAUCUGUUUAUGAUAUGGAAGUUUCCCUAGCUUACAUUACUGGAUUGAUUGGAGUAUCGUUGGAGGCAGAACAGGUCACCAAGUUCUUAAACCGGAUGCAAUUGCAUGCCAAGCAAUCUACAUCUGACAACUUUGUUGUAUCUGUACCUCCUACUAGAAGUGAUGUUCUUCAUCCAUGUGAUGUUAUGGAGGAUGUUGCAAUAGCUUAUGGAUUCAAUGCUAUUAAGGAUCAAGCGAUAGUCGAUAAUAAGGGGUCAAAGAGAUUGGCUGCUUCCUUGGCACUACUUCCUCUCAAUGAGCUGAGUGAUCUUAUUAGAAAAGAGGUUGCAUUGAUUGGGUUCACGGAGGUUUUGACAUUUAUUCUCUGCUCGAAAAAAGAAAACUUUGCCAUGCUAAAUCGCCAAGAUGAUAAAUCCAAAGCGGUUAUCAUCGGAAACCCUAGGUCUUCAGACUUCGAGGCUGUCCGGACUAGUCUUAUGCCUGGCAUUUUGAAAACUGUUGCUCACAACAAGGAUCACCCAAAGCCGAUAAAGAUUUUUGAAGUGGGUGAUAUAGCUAUUUUGGAGGACAAAAAUGAUGUUGGUGCAAAAAAUCUCCGCCAACUUGCUGCACUAUACUGUGGUGCUAAUGCAGGAUUUGAGAUAAUUCAUGGAUUGGUGGACAGAGUAAUGGAAAAGAAUGGGAUUACAUUUGUUUCACCUGGUGAUAAAUCAGGGUAUUAUAUUGAGCGGUCAGAUGAGCCCGAAUUUCUUGCUGGUAGACAAGCUAGAAUCAUUUACCAGGGAAAGCAGGUUGGGACUUUUGGCAUUGUUCAUCCAGAGGUAUUAAACAACUUUGACAUUCCCGAUCCCUGCUCCUUUGUUGAACUCAACAUUGAAAGUUUCUUGUAAGGAUUAUUUGAAGGAAAUGUAGCCAUUGCCCCCUGGAUAUUUUGAGUGUAUCAUUCAUUCAAUCUGGGAAUCAAGAUGUUCAGUUGGUUGAGUGACUGCACUAAGCUGGGGAGCAGAAUGUAACUUAUAUAUGCCCUAGAUUAGGGGUGUUUUGUUGAUUAUAAAAUUGUAUCUUUAUUUAAGUUUUUCCAUUUCAUUCUUAGAACAUCAGAGGCCAUAAAUUAUCAGAUAGAGGAUAAUUUUACUUUUAAUUAUAGAGCUAUUGAUCAAGACAUCUUUGUCCUUAAAACCAAGAUAGGAUAUUGACACUGCCGAAAGUUUUGCUAAUACAAGAGUAGUCACAAGCGAUAUUUCGAACA